UCGUGAUGUCGUUGCCGUCGUCGCAUCCGUCGUCGUUGUCGUUGUCGUCGUUGUUGUUGUCGCCGCACUCCAUCUAGUUGUUGUUGGUGCAGCAGGCAGCAGUACAGCAACAGCAACACACCAGCAAAACAUCAGGCUUACAACCGCCAGCAAAACAACAAUUAAAACCAACGGAAAAACCAAAAAAAAAACAAAGAAAAUGAGUUCGCUAAACGGAAAAUUAAUUUGCGCAUAUGGAAUGCUGCACACAUAGAUAUAUAGCCGUACAUACAUAUACAUAUAGAUAUAUAAAUAUAUGUUAUACACACACAAAUCUACAUAAAAUCUAAGUGCAAACCAAUUGUGAUUUAAGCUAAUGACCACAACCAAAAAACAGCUACAACCGAAACCCAAAGAAAAUAAGUGUAUAAAAAUUUUUCAAGUUUAUUAAGUAUAUGGAAAUCGACCGAAAGCCUUGUAAAUAGCAAAACAAAAUAUAACUAAAGAACAAGAACUCUUUUCCUAUUGAUGAUACCAACAGUAAAUUAAACCAAAGAAAUAAAAACCAUGAAAAAUAAACAACGAAUAAGCAGACAACGCCGUUUACACCACAACUUGAUAGAGAAAUGCAUUGCUGAACAACUGGAGGCUAUAAACUCUAUUUAAAACGAGUGGCCUGCGAAUCCGGAACGAUCUUAACGCAAAAAUGGCACUGCAACGCACUGGGAAACAGCAACAACAUCAGCAGAGGAUACAACUAACUGGGCAAAGGCAGCAGCAGCAACAACAGCAGCAGCAACAACAACAAAAGCAAUUAGAAACAACAACAAAGGCCCGGCAACGAUUUAGAGCGGUGGAAAAAUGAAACAAAAACCAGAAACGAAUUUUCCACUCAAAUUUGCAUUCAGUCAAAGAAAUACAAAAGUCUAAACAAAGAGGAAGGAAACGCAAGCAACACACACAAAAACAGUGCACAAUAAGAAAGUCGCCAGUGAAAAGGGGUCAGAGGGCACGGACACACACACACAGAAACACAGGAGCAGACCGCAACACAAAUACAAGCAUACGGAGCGCAUAAAACACAUAAAACAUUCAACACACGGACACAAAGGACGACGUUUGCAUUGUGAACAAUUUUCAACGAAUUUCCAAAAGUCUACAAAACAAAUCUAACAAAAGUUCAUUACCAAUAAUAAAUAACAAAAACAAAAAACCAUAAAAAAUUUUUGAAAUUUGCUCUGUGAUUUUCUAUCAGAAAUGGUUUAGUAAUCCAAAUAAUAAUAAUACUAAUAAUAAUAUUUAAUAAAACAAAGUAUUUAUAAAUAUUGCUAAGCUGCAUUCCAAGCAACUAAACAAGAGAAAAGUUUAUCAAAUCCCCCAAAAGAAAAGCUUUAAAUCCAAUCGAAAACGUAAAUCAACAAUUUCUAUAAAUAUUACCAACCAAAGUUUACUACACUGCGACUAAUUAGAGCAGCUAGAGCUAGUCAAGUACCGAUACACGUCAACGAACUUCGACCAGAACUUCGAUCACAAAUCCACCAAAGGACAUCCAUACACAUAGACCGGAGCCAUGGACGAAAUGCCCGACCUGUCGCACCUCACGCCCCACGAGCGGAUGCAGAUCGAGAAUGUCCUUAUGCGCCAGAAGCAGGAGGAGGAGAAGCAGAACGAGGUCAUGCGGCGCAAGCAGGACGAAGUGGUCACGCUGGAGAUGCAAAUCAGACAGCGCUCCGAGCAGCAGAAGAAGGCCGGCGUCGAGCUGGAUGCCACCUGUCACAUAUGCCUUAAGACCAAGUUCGCCGACGGCGUUGGCCACAUUUGCCACUACUGCAACAUCCGCUGCUGCGCCCGGUGCGGCGGCAAGGUGACGCUCCGCAGCAACAAGGUCAUUUGGGUGUGCAUUCUGUGUCGCAAGAAGCAGGAGCUGCUCUCCAAGACGGGCCAAUGGAUCAACAAGACGGCGGCCCAGCAAGACGGUUUCAUCCGACGCAUCGAGCCGGAUGGCAGCAGCGACAUAUCGCAGCACCCCAUCGUGGAUCCGCACGACACCACGGACAAGCGGCCCAAGCUGGAGCGGACUCGCAGUGCCGCCGAGAAGGAGAACCUGCCGAUGCAGCGGGCGGGCAGCAUGCUGAGGCGCCAGUACUCGCAGCAGGAGCAGCCCACCAACCGCCGCCUCUCGGCCUCCGACAGCGGCAUGGAUCCCAUGAUGAGUCCCGGCCAGCAGAUGCAGCAGAUGCACCACCACCAGCAGCAGCAGCAGCAGCAGCAGCAGCAACAGCAGCGCUCCCGGAUGCAGCCGAUGAAUCCGCAGCAGGCGCAGCAGGGCUACGGAAUGCAGCAGCAGCAACAGUCGAGAUCGGGAGGCGCCUAUCCCGACGAUGAUCCGCGAUACUAUCAGGGUGAACUGGAUGGCCUGAUGAGGCAGCAUCCCCACUUGGCGCAUCCCAGUCAGGUGCAGCCGCAACAUCCGCCGCAGUCGCAGUCGCAGCACCAACAGCAGCAGCAAUCUCAGCAUCAGCAUCAGCACCAGCAACAUCAGCAGCAACAGCAACAUCUAAUGCCGCAGCAGCAUCGCCAGUCACCGCAGCAACAUCCUCAGCAGCAGCAGCAGCAGCAAUUUGCGGCCAGGCAGCAGCAGCAGCAGCAGGUGCAGCAAUCCUACCAGGCGCAGAUACACCAACAGCCGCAGCAACAUCAGCAACAUCAGCAGAUGCAGCAGCAACAUGGCCAGCAGAUGGGUGGCUACCAGAAGCCGCCGCCUUUGACCCGCAACCUGACCAUCAGCGGAGGUCAUGCGAUGGACUCCAGUGCCUACAGCCAGCAGCAACAGCAGCAGCAGCAGCAACAGCAGCGGAGGGCUUUGGCCGGAUCGCAGUACGCAUCGCAGCAGCAGAGAUCCUUCAGCAGCUCGGAGGAGGAGUUCCAGCAUCAGCUGUUGGCCGCCCAGGCGCAGGCGGCGGGAUCGGGGGGCGUGGCCACGGUGACCGCCGGCUCGGAUUAUGAUGGCGGGCGCCUCCAGGUGCGCACCUCUUUGGACCCGUGGCGCCAGCAGCGCAGCCUCAACGAGCGGGACCUGAUCAGUGGCUCAGCGGGCGGUGGUGGUGGUGGUGGCGUCGGUGGUGCUGACUUCCGCCACCUGUCGCACGCCACCCAGCGGCUGUACGCCUCCGCCGAUCAGCGGGAUCGCUACGAGCUGCAGCUGCAGCACCGCGAGCGCUUGGAGCAGUAUCCGCUGACGCGCACCGCUCGCCUGGACGUCCAGCAGCGCAACUCGCUGAACCGCAGCAACCACGAGCGGCAGUUCUCCACCAGCGGCGGCGGAGGAGGAGCAAGUGGUGGUGCUGCUGGCGUCUACCGACGUGCCCCGCCCUUGGCAGCCGCCGGCGGCGGUGGCAGCAGCAGCAGCAGCACCACUAGCAGCAGCUACUAUCCACAGACGAAGCCGCAGAUUGUGAUUGGUCCGGCGGCCAUGGCGGCGGCUGCGGCGGCAGAUGCCCAAGGUCAGGCGGCGCGGAGCAACCAGCGCGGUGGUCUGCUGGGCGCCACGAGGGGCGGCGGCGGUGGCAGCAGUUCCGUCAGCUCCACGGAGGCCGCCUACUGGGAUGAACCGGCCACCAGUUCCUCCUCAUCGGCGGCCCAGGACUCGCGACGCUUCACCGAGCGCAGAAUAAAGAAGACGGUGCGUUUCGAUGCGGCCGAAGAAGAGGCAGCCUCCAUAAUGGCAGCUGCCGGUGGUUCACUGCCACCGGUCACGGGAAUCCUGCCCUCCACCGCGGUGGAUGUGGGUGCAGCCACCAUACUGAGCAGUGGCAAGAGCCUGGAGUCCGGAGGAGGUGACUGGUCGCGGUGGGAGGCCGAGCGGCAGGGCAGCCAGGACUCGGCCACCAAGGACUCGGGCAUCGAUACCAGCAGCACGUUCACCAGCAGCGAGGACUCGAAUCGAGGAGAUGGGCCCAAGAAUCCGGUGAAUUGGCAAACAUCCGCUGACAAUACUCGCCUGAUCGGGCACAUGAUAUUGCGUAAAUACUAUGAUGGGGAGGAUAUAUUAGGCUUAAAGGUCAACGGCGGUCAGCUGCUGGGAGGAACGGGAGGAACGGGAGGAUCGGGAGUCGGAGGUCCAUGCGGGGCCAUUGUGGAGAAGGUGAAGCGCGGAUCGGUGGCCGAUCUCGAGGGAAGGAUUCGACCAGGCGACGAGAUCCUCGAGUGGAAUGGCCGCGGGCUGCACAACAAGAGUGCCGACGAGGUGUACGACAUCAUCGACGAGAGUCGCCUGGACGCCCAAGUGGAACUGAUUGUGAGCCGGCCCAUCGGCAGUGGAGGUGGCAGUGGCGGGAGCAGCAGCAACGUCAGUCCCAUCAGCGGCGCCUCCGGUGGAUCCGCAUCCGCAUCCGCCCACAGCGUCCCCGCUCGCCGCUCCUCGGCCAACUUCCCGCACAGCGGGCUGGCCAGCAGCAUGGCCGGCAGUGCGGUGGUCAGCAGCGGCGGACGUUAUCUCCAGCGCAAAGCUCCCGCCGUCGAGGCCAUUGAAAUCCAUCGGGACAAGCCCAGCGUGCUGAUCACCUCGCCCGGUUCGCCGGACAUCCACACCAGUGUUUCCGGCCCAGGAUCGGUAUCGGGAUCAGUAGCAGGAUCAGGUUCAGGAUCUGGAUCCGGAAUCCGGCAACGUGGCGGCGUCGGGCAGACACAGCGCCUGGGACCAAGCCACAGUACCCACAGCCACAGCAGCAGCGGGAGUGGCAGCGGCAGCGGCAGCAGCACCAGCAGCGUCCACGCCCCCGCCUCCGCCCACGGCCCCGCCCACGCGUCAGCGUCCGCUUCCGGUUCCGCCCCUGGCGGCCUGUACGGCACAACGACGGCGGGCCACCACCACCACCCGCACCACUACCACCCGCACCAGCAUCCGCAUCCGCAUCAGCAUCCGCACCAGGGUCCGCCCGCCGCCGCCCACCUCCAAGGCCACGCGGUGGGCGGUGGCAUCGGCAUGGGCAGCGGCUCCGGCACCACCACGCAGCCCAUCCCCAUCGAGGGGCGGCUGCAGCUGAAGCUCGGCUACGACCAGAACACGCUGCAGCUGAUCGUGACCCUGGUCUGCGCCACCGGACUCUCCCUGCGCCAGAGCGGAGCGGGCCGGAAUCCCUAUGCUAAAGUGUUCCUUUUGCCCGAUCGGAGCCACAAAUCAAAGCGGCGAACGAAGACGGUGGGCACCACCUGCGAACCCCGUUGGGGCCAGACCUUUGUCUACUCGGGUCUGAGACGCUGUGACCUCAAUGGCCGCCUGCUCGAGGUGACGCUGUGGGACUAUGUGCGGUACGGGGCCAACGACUUUAUCGGCGAGGUGGUCAUCGAUCUGGCGCACCACAUCCUGGACGACGAGGCCGAGUGGUAUCAGCUGCAGCCCCACCAGGACACCUCCUAUCUCUUACGUGACGAGGGCAGCGAUGUGGACGGUCUGAUACUGACACCGACAGAUCAUUUAUCACCGCCGAGCACCAUGUCGCGUCUGAGCGACUCGGACACGACGUCCGACUGCGACAUCGAUGGAAUGACUCCGGGGGCCAGCAUCUCGUCGAUGGGCAGCUCAGCGAGUCCGCCGCCCCUGCUAGAGCUCGAUCUAAACGAGCGUCGUUCCCGACGUGACAUGUCGCCCCAGGGCCGCAAACGGGUGGCCGGGAUGGUGGCCCGCGACUACCGCACUGUAUCUGGCAUUGGACAAAGUUACCACAAUCAGGCCUCUGCCACCGGCUACUAUCGUCGCGGAGGUGGUAAUGGUAUCGGCUCGGCCAUCGGUCCCGGUGGCAUGAGCCUCAGCCAGCGGAGCCACUCGGCGGCACCCAGCGACGGUUACCACAGCAGCAGCGGAGGCGGAGGAGUGGGUGGAGUGCCCUCCGGCGGAUCCGCCUACGGCUAUCGGAGCACUAGUCCCCGAAGGGGAUCGCUCUCGCCACCGGACGACCGCUACAUAGACUAUCCAGUGCUUCCAGUUCACGGCUCGCCCAACGCCCCAUCGGUCUACCAGGGCGGUGCGUCCUCAGCGGCGGCGGCUGCCUCGCAGCAGCAGCGAUUCCAGUCGCGAUCGGCCACAGCCACGCCCACAGGAUCGCCCAAGAAGAGGCAACUACCACAGGUGCCGCAGACCUCUCGCAGUGCCAUGCUGCGCGAUCGACUCGGGCAGGAAUUCGACGAGCGGCUGGCCUCGGGCGGCCGCUUUGGACGACACCGAACACGACAGCCGCACCACCAGGCCACGUACCGCAGCACCGGAAUGGGCGGCUGGGAGCGCCAUUACACGGGACUGUCGGACAGCGAUCUGCACUCGAUGGACGCCAGGAUGCGGCCACGGCACUCGUUGUCGCCGGACAAGGACUUUAUGGGCGAGUUCGGCGACUCGGACAUGGAGUCGGUGGUCAGCGUGACCUCCAGCGCCUUCUCCACGCAGUCGGAGCGCCCGCGCACCUCGCGAGGACUCAGCUUCCCGCGCAACUGGCGCAACCUCUUUGGCGUCCGCAACAGUUUCCUCAGCGGAGCCGGAGGCGGCGAACCCAUCACCGGACUGCGGCUGCACCCAUCGGAGCCAUUGGGAAGGGCCAACACCAUCGAGGUGGAUGACUGUGACUAUCUGCCGAUGGGCGGUGCCCAGCAAUUGGUUUUGCUGGAGCAGCUGGAGCAACUGCAGCAGCUGGCUGCUCUGGCCGCAGCAGAUUCUCCACCCAUUUCGGCCGGCAUUGGAAUGCCAGCACCACCACCACCACUAUUGGCACCACCACAUCAGGUGCUGGUGACCGAUGCCAACAGCGGCCAGCUGGUGGAGCAGUUCUUCGUGGAGCCCGGCACAAUGGCCGAGGAGAUGAUGAUGAUCGAGCCACUCGAUCCACUCGAUCCAUUCGAUCCACUUUUACAUCCCCAUUCCGCCUUCUACUCGCAAUCGCCCCAUUUCGACAUCGACAUCAGCUAUCCACCAUCACGACGGUCGAACGGACAGAAACCGAACGUACAAGCCACCGCCGCUGCCGCUGCCUAUCCGCUGCCGCUGCUGCCGAGCUUUGAGCAAUUCAAGCGCAUUACCACGCCCAUCACGAAUCUCUUCCGCAGCUCCUCGCCCUCCUCGGGUCUCCACGGGCACGCCCAUGCCCAUGACCACGCCUCCGCGGCGCCCAGUUCACUGGUGGGCUAUGUGCGCGAUCACCAGGACAAGAGCUGCAGCCACUGCCAGAAUGGAAGUCAGCCGGUGGUGCUGUCCACGCACCACCCCCUUCAUCUGACCACCGCCACGGGUAUAGCGAUUGGAGCCUGCCAGGAUCCCUGCUGUCUGAUGGAUGCCCAUCCCCAUCCGCAGCACCAGCCCAUGCACCAGCCACCACCACCACUAGCACCACCCACCUCGGAUCCCGCGAUGUGCGGCGAGUGUGUGGAUCAGCACUUUCUGGGCGGGCUGACGGGACCACAAAUGAAUUUGGGCGUGGUGCCCACCUACCAUGUGCACACGCCCACCCCGAAUGCCCAUCGGCGGGCGAGGGGUCAAAUGGCCACGCCGGCACCACCGCCCACUCAAUCGGUGCUUCGGCUAUCGCGACAGCUGAGCGAAGACGCCCUGGUGUCAGCCAUUCCCAUCUCGGAGGCCAAGGCUCAACCCACUUCGAUACUCAAGAAACCGAAGCUGGAGCGCAGGCGACUCUUUCACGAGGGUCAGUCGCGUUCGCUGGACUACGAUGAUCUGCACACGAAGAGCUGGGGUCGCCGGCGCAUUCGGUACGAAGACGAGGUGAUGCCCUCGUCGGCGGACUACCCGUAUCCGCACCCGAAUCCCUAUGGCAGUCACUCGCCCAUGACGGCGGCGAUGUCGCGUCGCUAUGGCUCCGAAACGAAUAUACGUCAGUCGUAUAUGGGCGCCAAUGUGGAUGCCAGCCAUCCGUUGAGUCACUCGCAUUUCCUGGUAACCGAUGACAAGAUUGUGACCAUUACCUAUGACUCGGAUGUGGGCUGGACGAGAAGGGGCGUGGCGCCGUCCCUAUUUAGGGGGGCGCACCGGCAACGUGGAUUGGCGGAUGCCAGACAUCAUAUGUCGCUGGACUUGCAGCGAACCAGCCAGCAGAAGUUGUACGGUCCGGCGGCUCCUUACCUGAAGCGCCGAAGGAAUCUGCCGCAUCCGCCGAGUGCGCAGAAUGCCCACAAUUUUUCACCAAUGGAGCAGGGUUCGGCAAUGGGAAUGGAGCAGGGCAACAACGGAAUGGGCAGCGGUGGUGCUGCACACAACACUACCGGUACACACAAUAGCAACCACCACACCACUACCAACCACCACAAUAGCCAAGCGAGUAGUGUUAGUGUUAGCCAAAGUCACAAUCAACAACAACAACAGAAUCAACAACAACAACAAUCAGUUAGGCAAAAAGGGAAAGAAGGCACCACCGCCAACAGCGGAUCGAUGAUGGCAUCGAUGGCAUCGGAGCAGCUGACGAAAUCUAGUAGUGGGAGCGGUGGUGCAACAUCUGCUGCCGCUGCUGGGCAUUUGGUCGUCGGUGGUACUAAUGCUAAUAAUGCUUCUUCUUCCUCUUUUGCAAAUCCCCAACCACCACCACCACAACAACAACUACUACAACAACAACAACAACAACUUCAUGGAUCACCCAAUAAUAUCAACAACAAUAACAAACGUGCCCCAUCAUCAACACCACAACAAAACACCAACAACACUGACGCUAACAACCUGACGCUUGACGCCACACAACAACAAUUACAACAACAACAACCACCUUCACAACAACAACAACCACCAAAUACAUGCACAAAUCUUAUCACAAAUACAACAACAACAUUAACAACAACAACCACAACAUCGUCGAAUGCAACGAAUGCGGCGACAACGACAACCGCAACAACAACAACAACUGCGACAACAACAAAUGCUACAACAACUGCCACAAAUCCCACGACAACAACAACGAAUAACACGAACGAACCAAACGCAACAACAACUACAACAACGAACGCUGAUGCGGAUGCGGACGCGGAUGCUCCGCUGGACGCCAUCGACUGGGAUGCAAUCGAUGCGAUGCUGGAUGAUGAUUUUAGCGAGUACGACAAGGACAAGAACGGAGGUGAAGAGGCUGGCGUUUCCAAGUCAGCUGAGGGCGGUGGUGCCGAAGAUAAAGUCGAUGGCAGCCUAUCGGACACCGCCAACGACCGGAAGAAGGGCGGCGGCGUCGACCAGGAGCGAUCCCCCAAGGGGGGCAGCGGCAUGGGAAAGAAGUCGAACUCCACAUCGCAGCUUUCGGCCACAGGUCGUAAAAGACGUAUGGGCUUUGGAAAGAAGGGUAAGAACUCGUUCACGGUGCACCGCAGCGAAGAAGUGCUGCCCGGCGAUAUAACGCGGGAACUGCGGAGCGGUGGUGGCGGUGGCGGACUGGGCGUUAGCCUCGGCGGUGCCGGUGGCUCAGGCGCCGGUGGUUCAGGCGGCGCCGGCGGUGGCGGCCUGUCCCGCGGCUCGUCCUCGGAGGCGGACGCCAUCGAGCAGUUCUUCGGCGAUGGCGCCGGCGGGGAAAGAUUCUCCCCCUCGCUGCGCAACGAUGGAGCCCUCAAUGAGUUCGUGGAUGGCCUGGGACCCGGUCAACUGGUGGGUCGCCAAGUGCUGGGAGCUCCCUCGCUGGGCGACAUCCAGCUAUCGCUGUGCCAUCAAAAGGGCUGUCUGGAGGUGGAGGUCAUUCGGGCCAGGGGCUUACAGCAAAAAGCCCAGUCGAAAAUGCUGCCUGCUCCUUAUGUAAAAGUUUACUUGGUGUCCGGAAAACGCUGUGUGGACAAAAUGAAGACCUCCUCGGCUAGACGUACCCUGGAUCCACUGUACCAGCAGCAGUUGGUAUUCAAACAGUCCUACACCGGUUGCAUACUACAGAUAACCGUGUGGGGCGACUAUGGACGCAUCGAGAAGAAGGUGUUUAUGGGCGUGGCGCAGAUAAUGCUCGACGAUCUGAAUCUGUCGAAUAUCGUGAUCGGCUGGUACAAGCUCUUUGGCACCACCUCACUGGGUCGUCCGAUCGUUUGGGCCGGCGAAUCGGUUAUUAUGGAGGAGCCGGGCGAAUAACAAUAUCCAACACUAUCGACACCCAAACCAACAACCAACACAACAACGCUUACUUUUAAAGCCACAACAACGAAAACACUUUAAAGCACCCAAGCACAAUUCAAUUCAAGCGAACCCUAAACUGAACUGAAUUCAUAACCAUUCGCCAGUGCUGUCAGCCCGGCAGCCAAAUAGCAAAGGACCAAAGGUUAGCCUGCAGCGGCGGAUCCCAGGAAAAAGCCGCCCGAUCCUCAUUCGGCAGGUUGCUGGCCUAAGCUAAGUCCACAUCUGUUCUUUUUUUCUAUUCUACGGCGGAGGAAGACUAUUGAAAAUACAAAAAGAAAAACCAAACCAAAAGAGGAAAAUGUUAAAAAAAGAGAAACAGAGAAAUAUCUAAUUUUUAUAAGUCAUGAAAACAAAUGCAUUUAAACGAACCGAGAGCAGAGAACACAAGCAGAGCAGUAAAAUGAUUAAACAAAACUACGGAAUACGGAUAAAUGAUAAAUGUAAAGGCAGUCUAUAUAUACAUAUACACAUAUAUAACGGAUAACAUUUGACAAAAAAGGAUACUUGUAAAUUAUGCAUAUUUAAAAUAAUUUUUAUUACACACCUAAGAUCACUAUUAUUUUCGUAAUACGAUUACUGCGAUUAUUAUUACUUAAACACUAUUAUUGAUAAAAGAAGAAAAUCCAAAAAAAAAAGGAGAUGAGAUGAAAACCAAGGAGAAGGUGGAUAAUGAUAAAGUUCAAGUGCUAGUGUCAGUCAUGCCUAAGCCUUAGCCUGAGCAAAGACGCAGAAGGAUAUAAAUUGUUUAUUGAAUAAAUAGCUAAAUCUAAAUCAGUAAAGGGAGUUAUAGAUUUUCAGAGAGGGAGUUAUUUAAGUAUAUAUAUAUAUAUAUACAUACAUAUAUAAAUCGAUAUAUACAUAAAUAUAUUUUACUGUUUAAGCAAGCAAAGAACCACUAACACUUAAAUAAGCCUAACUUACGAUAAAACCGAUAACGUUAAAGCUUAAGAUUAGGUAACUAAAGAGGGAUAAAAACGAGAUAUGUAUUAAUCGAACAAAAAGAACAACAAAUAUUUACCAAGCGAGAGAGAUGAGCAAGUUUAACUUAAUAAUGCAAAAUCUGAACUUAAGCUGUACAUAGGAUCCACACACGUUACAUAAUACACCACAUCCGGAUAACCGAUACCCAAUACCGAUUACCGAUUACCAAUUACCAAAUACCGAUUACCGCUUCCCCGAGUUUAGGCUUUAUAGCUAUUGGUUAGCUCUGCGCCACGGCAAAAACUCCGCAGCCACCCCAAAAUGCACGAGUUUUUGUCGUCGGCGAUGAGGAAAAUAUCCAUUUACACAUUUGAGGCAGAAAGUAUCGUAUAAUUUAACUUAGAGCAAAGGAAAACAAACUAUCUCUCUCUAUAUGAAUAUACUAUAUCGCGAUUUUGUUGUAGAUCCCCUGGCUUCACUUUGUCGCGCUUUUAGAGUCGGUUUAGAAUCCUUUUCGUCGCCUUGGUUCCAAUCAACUUGCCUCGAAAACGCAUCAAGUACCUUCAAGUUAAUAGUGUGAGCUGUAAAAAUCGUUACCUGCUUGCCAAAGAAACACGUACACGUACAUUAGCAUAGAUGGAAAACGGAAGGUGGAAAAGUGGAAAAGUGUAACGGAAAACCAAAAAUAGUUUGCAAUUUACUGCAUGUUAAUUUGAGAUAUUUUUGGCAUUCUUUUGGGCAACAUUUUGCAAUGCAUUCCUGGGGAGAAGCAAACAUAUCACUGGCCUGCAGACAGAUGAUGGAUGGGAGCAGUUAACUUUUAUAUGUACAUUUAGGAUUAUCAUAGGUCAGAGGGCAGAGGGAUAACUAUGUAUUAUGGAUUGUAAAACACCUAGCUAUUGUUCCUAUCCAGUUGUUUAGUGCUCGUUCUUUUUGCUUUCACUCAUGGCUACGGAUAUUGAGUUGAACCUUUCCGUCCAUUCAUUCAGAUACACACAGCUAAACAUAGACACAGUUGCAGUUACAGCUACAGAUUGAGAUAAAGUCAGAUAAU